AAGAGAGGGAGAAAAGGAGGAGAGAGAAAAAGAGGCGGGGAUUCCUGUAUUGUAGAGAGAGGGAGAGAGUGGAGAAUGGAGGGAAGCAAUAGCAAUUUGGGGGAGGGGAUGAUGGGGGUGGGAUGUUUGCUGUGGAUCAAGACGAGCCUCGGGGAUGAGUUUCAGGGGCAGCUCCUCACUUUCGACAGGCCAUCAGACAUGCUUGUUAUCCAAGAGAUGUCAGAUAAUGGAUCUAGACAGAACUUACGGUUGCUGAAGGCGAGCUACAUAAAGGAAUUCACCCUCUUGGGCCAUGCUGAAGACCCCAUUGACCUCAGCAAGUGCUCCAUCGAUCUCAACUCUCUACAGGCUCGUGAAGAAUCGGCCAUAAGACAGGCGGAGAUCGAGGCUGAAAGAAUAGGAAUUGGAGUGACAAGUGAGGCUCAGAGUCUAUUUGAUGCAUUGUCCAAAACGCUUCCAGUCUGUUGGGAUAAGACUGUCAUCGUUGUGAUGAAAGAAGUUCGUGUUGGCAGCCCAUACCUCCCUGAAAAUGUGAGAGGUGGAACCCCUGCGGCUAAUGAAAGAGUGAAGAAAGUGCUUGAGUUGGAAAGGAAGAGGUUGCAAUCUCGAAAUGCCAGCCAGUAAACUUCCUCUUUUUCAUUCUCUCAUCAGAUAAUCUGGACAACAAAUCCUGCUAACUUUUGCAGAGUAUGAUGGUUUAUCGGCUAUCACAUCAUCGUCAUGGCAUAAAGGCUAAUUCACAGAUGAAAGUGGGAAUAGAAUACCAAUUUUGAUGUUCCAACGUUUAUUCUAGUCAUGCUUUUUGUAUUGUGCAAUUAGGACUUUUCAUGUAAACAUUGACUAGCUUGGGAAGUGGGCAACUCUUUUAUUGAUUACAUUCAAUAAGUAAAUUUGUACUACUACUCUC